UUGUACACACGCGAAACACUCCAACACACUUUUAGACAGCGAACUCCAUGGCUUCUAAACAACACUCCGGCUUGUGUACCGUUCAGUUUAUCCGCUUCUCGGGAUUUUUACAACUCCUAGAUGUCAGAGUGUGGUAGUGUCCCAGCUCCAGCGGCUACCCUCGGCAGGCCUCUCUGCACGCCGAGGGAGCAUCAGUCCUCACACGCGUUUGGGUGGGUCCAGCUCGGUCACAGAGGCAGCAUGGGCCCGGUGUCCUGCUAGCUUCUGCUGCCAGUGACUAAGAACCUACACAAAGGAAUGAACUACUCAAGACCUAACCUGUUUUAGCUUGGAUGGUAGUGCUAACGGAGUUGGGCUGUCAGAAUGAACGGCACUCAGCAGACUGAUACAAAGAGACAGCAUCUCCUGGAGAGGCUUCUGGACGCUGUCAAACAGUGCCAAAUCCGCUUUGGAGGAAGAAAGGAGAUUGCCACAGACUCAGACAGCAGGGUCAUCUGUCUGUGCGCUCAGUUUGAAGCGGUGCUGCAGCACGGCCUGAGGAAGAGUCGAGGUCUGGCCCUCACGGCUGCUGCUCUUAAACAGGCAGCAGGUUUCAGCACCAAAACUGAAGCAGAGUUGACGUUCUGGUUCUAUGUGAAGGAGCACCUGAACCGACAUGAGCUCCAGCGGUUCUACUCCCUUCGUCACAUCUCUUCAGAGCUUGGUCGAGGUCGUGCCUGGCUGCGCUGCGCCCUCAAUGAGCACUCACUGGAGCGCUACCUGCACACGCUGCUGGCUGACCGGCCUCGCCUGGGAACAUAUUAUGAAGACUGGGCUUUUAUCCUGGAUGAAGAGAGAGCAAGCAUGCUCCCUACUAUGGCUGCAGGUUUGAAUUCCAUCCUGUUUGCCAUCAACAUCGACAACAGUGACCUGAAUGGCGGGGUAACUCGAGGUGGAGGCCCAUCGGUGUCCCACCUCCUCAAGGAAUCCACGCAGGGCAUCGGCAGCCUGUGGAAGGAGUCGACUCAGGGGGUCAGCAGCCUCCUGCGAGAAAUCAGCACCGCCACAGCUGUGGUACCAGGCUUCACCCCUAGAGUGGAUGGAGCCUCUGAUCCGCUACCUGUACUUCCACGCAGCACCUCUGCUGACUCAGGUCUGAGGAAAGAGCGCCGGAGGAAAAAGAAAAUCACCAACAUCAUUUCCUUUGAUGAUGAUCUGGAUGGAGGGGCAGAGGAUGAGGAAGAGGGAGAGGAUGACUCGCACAAGAUGGGGAUGGUGAGGAAGAGUCACACGGCCCCAGCUCAGAGCAGCGUGGAGGAGGGAAUCGACCCUUUAGAACCGGUGUUCUCAGCGUCACCAGCCCAGAAUGGCCUGGCUGAGCAGGGCAUCGUCAGCUGGGUGGGGUCUCCACACCCAUCUCGUACAACUCCAACAACUUCACCUCCACUGCCAGACAGUAAGAGUAUAGACAACGAGGAGGAGGAGGAAGAGGAGGAGAUGUACAAACCCAGAGCACAAACCCAAGAGGAGGAGAGGAUCAGCUCAGAUCAGGUGGUAGUGGGCAGUUUGUCCAGUGUGUCCACGUGGAGUCCCCUACAGGUGAUGACAGACCACAGCAGCUCAGACAUCCUCAUCCCUCUGAACCCCGCAGACCCUCAGCCAGUAAGCUCAGUGGAGGACUCGGCUGCAUUUCCUGCUCAGUGUGAGUCAACAGGACCAGUAGGUAACUGCGAGAGCGACAGACUGCAGCUCCCAUUCAAUAUGGAGUCCAGUCCGCCGUCACAGUCUGCUACUCUCUCCAGUGUCCUGCCAGCAUCUGGUCUGCCAGAGUCCAUGACAGUGGGCUCUUCUCUCCGGGCUGGGGGAGGCCUACUUGCAUCUGGGGCUACAUCAAGACCCUAGAUUAGUUAUGAGGGUAGAGUUGUGCUCUCUGCAUGUGCUUGCGUGUGUGAUUGAGGGGUGGAUUUAUUUCUUUUCUCAUGCUUGUUAUUUUUGGAAAAUCCUGGUAACAGCCUAGUUAGAGCUUUGAAACCAUGCGCACCUCCAAGCAUAACUAUGGAGAUGAGUCACUACAGAUCCCAGCCCUAAUCUGUCCCUGACACCAGGAUGGGAGAUUAACAUCAGCCAGCAGCUGACUGCAGGCAGCACUGAUACUCUGGAGGCAAAACGGAGGCUGACUUUAUUGGACUGAAGUUGCUGCAGGGUUAUUAUAGUCUUGACAUUUUUAUUAAUUUAUAUUGGUUUAUUUUCCUUCAAUUUGGUUUUUUGAUUAUAGUUUUGUUGCAGUUAGU